UAAAUACCGGUCUUGAUUUUUAGAGUGGGUAAUGAAUCUUUUUUAUGCAAAUCGUAGAAUAUAGCACUUUGCUUCUAGUUGUGGAAAAGAAGUAAAGAACUUUAGGGAACCUCAAGAACCAAGCAACGCAUUUAGAGCUAAAUAUCAUGUCACCAAAGGAAUAGAACAGUCGUUUUUAGCGUUAUCCAAAACAAAAAUGGAAGGCGAAGGAGACGAUUAUCCAGGGCCUGAAUCCGGCAUUGACGGAAUCAACUUGAACGGGAGAAAUGUAGGGGCCGUGAUGGUGGCGCCUAGGGAUGUAGACGUAGCAAGUCAGAGUGGAUGCAGGGUCAACAUAUACGUGAACAGCAACGUUCAAGCGACUUGUGGGUCAGCUCUGUUUGGUAGCAAGGUCAAGCUAAGAGAUCCUGGUGUUCAUCUCCAUAUCGAAGACGUUAAAAUGCCCCGUGAAGACGGAUCUAGACAGAAAGAGAUGAGGUUGAUUAAGGUUGGGUUAUGUUUGGUCUGUCUCUUUAACGUCUUUCUAGGACUCUUUCUUUUGCUCUCCUCUUGGCUCCGGAAGGAAACCGAGUCCAUAUAGAUAUCACCCCAUCCACCCAUGUUCAUGGUAAAGAAGGGUCAAAGAAACACAUAUGAUGUAAAUUUUUAGAUUAUUCUGAAACGGUUAAUAUCCACAUCUACAAGGGUCAAAUAAACACAUAUGUAUGCUGUAUAUUAUUUUUACAUGUUUUUCUAGAUUGUUACGAAGGUUGAUGUUAUAUUCCGAUUAUGUAAAUUCAGUAGUAGUCUAGUGGGGCAAACGUGUCGAACAAAGUCAGGAGGCAACCACAUUGUAAGAGCAUUUUCAAUCCACUUCUAUUUUUAAAAAUCUCUAUUAUAUAAGAAAAAUACAUUUAGUUUUUGUUCCUAUGUGUUCCUCUAUAAUAGAAAAAUGUUAUAUAUUCUUCUCUUUGUAAAGAAAUGUCAUUUUUACUC